UUCCCCAUUGGUCCUGCCAGGCAAGGUGUACCCUGGUUUCCACUGGGCUGGAGAGCACAGCAUCUCAGCCUGCAGAGGAGAAGGACUGAGCUGAAGCCCUUCCUCGGGGAAGCUCGGCCUUGGUGGAGAGGUACUUGCCUGAGUGCGUGAGGCCACCCAGCUACCGACACCUCUAGACUGGGCUGGUAGAGGUGGAGCAGACAGAAGGCACCAGGAAGGGCCAGUAAAUACAUCAAGAGCAGGCAGGAAAAGCAAGACAAGGGCACAGGAAGAUGAGCCUGCACGACAUGGAUAUACCUAUGGAAGCAAGCAGCAUGCCUGGAACAGAUGAGGUCUGUGAUGAACCUGAGCCUGAGCCUGAGCCUGAGCCUGAGCUGAUGGAGCCUGAGGCAUCGUGCUCUGGGGAGCCCUCCAUGCGCCGGGAAGUGAAGACCAAAAAGAGUCGCUCCUCCCGGGCUGGGCUGCUCUUCCCUGUGAGCCGCAUAGAGAGGCAGCUGCGCAGAGGUCAGUUUGCUGAGCGCUUUGGAGCCUGUGCCCCUGUCUACCUGGCUGCUGUGCUACAGUGGGCGACACACAAGACCGUGGACAUGGCUGGGAAGAUUUCCAAGAAGAGCAACCAACAGUGCAUCUCUCCACAGCACUUGCAGAUGUCUGUGAAGAGCAGCUCUAUACUCAAGCACCUUCUGGGAAGCAGGCCCAAGUACCGUGGCAGGGCUGCCCCAAAAAGCCACCGCAUGGCAUCACCCUCCAGAAUGAAGAAGAACAAGAAGAUGAAGAGAAGAAGCAGACAGCAGUCUGCGCCUGCCCGUGCCACUGCUGCUGUUAGUGUCAAGUGAAAGCAGAAAUUUCUGUCCCAUAUUGGCAUGGCAAGGGCUGUCUCGUUUGCCAAAUUACUCACUAUGGUCUAACAGUUGAAUAAAAUGCCCUUGAACUAAC